AUGAAGAAAUUAUUUUCAAAAAUUGAAUCGACUGGAAAAGAAGGAGGACACAAAGAUAAUCAUUUUAUAGGAAAAGUAUUCAAUGUAGGCCGGACUACGGUUACUGUCGAAGAUGUCUUAGCUGAAGGUGGUUUUGCCAUGGUUUUUUUAGCCAAAGGCUCUGGAGGAGUUCGAUAUGCCUUAAAAAGAAUGUAUGUUAAUAAUGAACACGAUUUGAACAUAGCCAAAAGGGAAAUACAAAUCGCUAGUAAUUUAAGUAAUCACAGAAAUAUAAUAGGUUAUGUUGGAAGUAGCAUAACUCAUACGGGUGGAGGAGUUUAUGAAGUUUUGCUUUUGAUGCCUUAUUGCAAGACUCAUGUUUUACAAUUGAUGAAUCAAAAAAUGCAAACAGGUUUUACUGAAAAAGAAAUAUUAGAUAUAUUUACAGAUGUUUGUCAGGCUGUUAGUAGGUUACACCAUUGUCAGACUCCAGUCAUACACAGAGAUUUAAAGGUGGAAAACAUUCUCCAAUCUGAUCAGGGACAAUUUGUGCUUUGCGAUUUUGGUUCUGCAACUGGUAAAAUUUUACAUCCUGCCGUUCAGGGAGUUGCUCAAGUCGAAGAAGAAAUUAAUAAAUACACAACGCUGAGUUAUAGAGCUCCUGAAAUGGUUCACUUAUACGGUGAUCAACAAAUCACUACGAAAGCUGAUAUUUGGGCUUUAGGUUGCCUUUUAUAUAAAUUAUGCUUUUUCAGUUUGCCUUUCGGUGAAAGCACUUUAGCUAUACAAAGUGGAACAUUUACCAUUCCAGAUAAUUCGAAAUAUUCAAAACAAAUGCAUCAGUUAAUAAGAUAUAUGUUGGAACCGGAUCAAGAAAAAAGACCAGACAUAUUUCAAGUAUCGUAUUUGGCAUUUUUAAUUGCUGGAAAAGAGUGUCCAGUACAAAAUUUACACAAAUCCCCCGUUCCCUCGUUAGAAAAUUUAGAAGUUCCAGCUUUCGAAAGCGAUGCGAAAAAAGUGCCCUCAUUAAUAAAGCCUUCGAAAGGAUCUAAUAAAGAAUUGCAACCCCCUCAAAUGGAGGGUACGAGCGUGACUCCGAGGCAAAGGCCCAAAGGGGGUCAUAAUCUUCCUCCGGCAUUGUCUGGACCCAGAAGGCAAAACAUAAACCCGAGUCCAAUAAAUGCAGACAAUAAUAAUACGAAUACAUUCCAGCAGUCGUCCGGACAAUUCCAGUCACAGAACAUGGCAUUCCAACCACAACCGGCUGCUAGUUCGGCUAAGCCUUCUGCUUUUCUUCCUAGUAACCAAUUUCCUUGUUUUUUUUCCAGCGAUUCCACUUCCUCACCCUAUUUUGAAACACAAUUCGAUGGUGAUUCGGUUGCAACAAUAGCGAGUCCACAAGUGAUUAGUCCGGAAAAUAACGAACUCGCCGAUAAUCUUUUCCAAAACACGGAGAAUCAACACGAUUCCCUGACAUCCGGUUCGGCAAGUCACACUCUUUCACAAACCAUAACCAAAGUUAAUUCUGACGCCACGUCACCCACACCUCACGGUCACCGUAGAAACGUGAGCGACACUUCUGCUUUUAACAAAGUUUUCGCAAAUGAAACUAGUCAAUUUUUGGCACCCUACGAAGCGAGCGUUAAAUCAAGGAGCAGUUCCGGAAGUCCACCCGGUGGAGUCGCAGAAGGAACCGAAAAUUUUCAUUUGACUCCAAACGACCAACAACAACAACAAUCGCAAACGCAAUCAUCUCAACAACCGAAAAUUUCCCUCGGAGUUUCCGCAUCGCACGGAGAAUUGACGAAUGCGACGUUUGUGGAGGGGAGAUCACUGUCGGCGGAUGUCGCCGAUUGGAAUCCGUUUGACCAAGCGACAUUCCAAAAAGAUCCGGAUUCUUUCGGCGAAGAAUUCGACAUGAUAAGAUCGAACAACAACAACAACAACAACAACGUCGUGAUGACGUCAAAAGAAAAUUUGGUCAUGACUGAAGAUGUUUUUAGCAGCGCUCCAUUUAGUUUACCGGCAUCAAGACAAAAUAGUAAAGAAAGGCAAAUUCAAAAGAAGGGAAAUUCUGCAGGUAAAUAA